UGUGUUGGUUGUUGCCACGCUAACCCUGUGUGGACGGUGCAGAGGUACACAGAACGGGAUAUAAGCUAGCUUAGUGUAAGGUAAUUAAUAACUAGUUAACGUAGCUUUCAUUUCCAUUUCAUUCAGCCAGAUAGACCAGUGUACUGUUCUCAACUAACGUAUUCACGAAACGUUAGUCUUAAGGAGUGAAAGCAAUUGGUAUAUUGCCACCUGCGACUCAAGUGCGGAAGUUGUGAGAACUCUCAGGUCACAACUUUCUUCUCUACAACCUGACACCUCAGCGUGAGCAAACCAGUCUCAGGCAACCCAAGGUUUACAUUUUAUCCCCAGAGCUGUUGAGAAGAAGGACGAGAAAGGACUUCCGGCUUGAUCUCCAUCAGCUAAUAUCCUCAUGACUUUGCUUUGAUGCAGCUUUUGCGACUGUUUAGUAGAGUGGGAAUCACUUUGCCUCAGGAAUAAACCCUAUGUGCCUGCCUGCCUGUGCCCCACGUGAGGGCUUAUAACCGUGUGUUGUUACGAAGAGCUAACAGUUACCUUCUUACUGGUAGCACAGGCGCUAGGUUCAAGGGUUGCACUACUGUCUCUGCAUCUGUGGUAGUAGUUAUGUUUACUUUUAGUCAGCCUUUAUCAAGAACUUAUAGUCAACCAACAGAGACCAACAGAAAAUUUCCAACUCCAUUCAACUGGAGCUGACAUCUCCUAAGUAAUUCCUAGAGAAGAACCACUCAUUUGGAGGGGAAAUAUAAGGAUAAACAGGAUGUUAUAGGGAAGACACCCUCCUCCACGUCAGCUUUGGUAUUGUCUUGACCAUUAAUUCCUAUUCUACCUAUCAGUCUCCACUAAAGAACUCUGCCCCUACACUCAGCCCUUCAGAAAUAAGCACAUUUUCAUUGGGCAGUGCCAUGCCCACCAACCAGUCCUCCCCCUGGGGUGGGGGAAAGCUUCGAACAUGUUCCAGUGGAGGUAGUCCCACAACUACAGCAUCCGUUAGUACACACCCCAAGACAAUUACAGCCACUGAAGUGCCUUUUAGUCAGGCUUCCCUAGAGCUGUCCAGUAGAAAGGAUCGAGCCAAACCUGUCUCCUCUAAUGUGGCCUCAGCUGCUUCCCUUUUGAGGCAGACAGCAGUGGCCCCACCUGGGAUUUCUGUAUGGGAGAAUGGGGACCAAAGUAAAACCAACCCACAGAGCCAAUUCACCACUGUGCCAGAUGGAUUUCCGAACCUGCCAAAACGUCUUGAUGGGAUUCAAAGUGCAAACCAGGCACUGGCUGGAGGACUGAAGCAGGUUGGUAGCAUCCUCACAGAGACCAGUGCCCCUUCCUCCAUCCUCAAGAAGGAGUGCCAGAAUGGGUUUAAUGUCCCGCUGACUGGCACCAUUCAGAAAUGUGUGUCACUCCAAACCUCCCAAACUGGAAACAGUUCAGCACUCAGCAGAUGUGAGGCUGCCACAGAUGAUGCGUCGUUGACAUUGGAGUCUCUUUUGUCAGUUUGUCAUAAAGACCUGUUUGUCAAAGGGCAACCCUCUUUGUCAGCUAAUAAGUUGAUGCUUGAAACUGCAGACUGUUCAUCCCUGCCCUCAGUGCCUCCUCUAUGCCUUACCCUGUGUGAAUAUCAGGGGGCAGAACGGAAAAAGGAUGCCUCCAACAGCCUUGACAGCACAAAAGUAGAAGCAAGAAGCACAACAAGAGAAACAACUACUACAAGAAGGAGCCAUUCAGCUAAACUGGUGACAAAUUGCAGUCAGACGCAGAGCAGCUGUGAUCAGUUGCUAGUAAGAGGUGCUCCUCCAGCAGUGGUGGUAGCAACUACAAGCAACAAGCCCCAGACAAAUGGAUCACCAGAUAUAAACAAGAAAAAUCAUUGUCCACCAGUAAGCAACUUGUCCACAAGCAGAAAAAACGGUCCUCCAGUAGCCAGUCCUUUUUCAAAUGCGUCCCUGCCAAGUGUGCUCAGUGUCAAUGCCACUCCGGAGAAGCAGCCCAAACCACUGGAUGCCACCUCAGAUAUAUCCUCCUGUCCUGCAGGAGCCUUAGUGGGUUCUGUGACCACUCAGAUCUCCACGAUCCACCUUACCAAGCAGGGACAGUCUUCCUUCAGUCCCUCUUCAUCUCCAUUCCCUUCCUCACCAACAGAGGAGUGUCUGGCUGGAGAGACUCAGCUGUCUGGCCAGGGGUGUGUUAUGCAUGUGGACGGAGUUGAAGAGGAGCUGCCUGAUGAGCUGGAAAAUGCCUGUAGUGAUGACGAUGAUUCAGACUGUUCAUCGUCAUCCACAGCAUCCAUUGCUCUGCUUUCUGGUGUUGAGGAGCCAAUGUUAUUGGGAGUGGAAGAUGACCGAGAGGAGAAACCAGCCUUGGUCUCCAGUUUGUUCCCCCUCAUCCCCCCAACACUCUACUUCAGCACCGCCAAUGAGAAGGUGGAACUGCUGCCUGUAGAGCAAAGACGACUGCUGAAAUGGAAGAUGAGCACCGUCACACCAAAUGUUGUCAAGCACACCAUCGCCAGAUCACACUUCAAAGUCACCAAGAAGAGCCAUGACUGGUUGGGCUGCUGGGGACACCACAUGAAGUCUCCUGGCUUCAAGGCCCUCGGAGAGCACCAGAAGCUGAACCACUUCCCGGGAACAUUUCAGAUUGGCAGAAAGGACCGGCUGUGGAGGAACCUGUCUAAGAUGCAGGUUCGCUUUGGCAAACAAGAAUUCAGCUUUUUCCCUCGGACCUUCAUCCUUCCUCAGGACAUCAAGCUGCUCCGCAAAGCCUGGGAGGACAGCGGCUCCAGGCAGAAAUGGAUCAUCAAACCUCCUGCAUCAGCCAGAGGAAUAGGAAUCCAGGUCAUCCACAAAUGGAGCCAGAUGCCCCGCAAGAGACCCUUACUAGUCCAGAAGUACCUUCACAAGCCCUACCUCAUCAGUGGUAACAAGUUUGACCUGCGCAUCUACGUCUAUGUGACGUCCUACGAGCCUCUCAGAAUUUACAUGUUCUCUGACGGACUGGUUCGAUUCGCCAGCUGCAAGUACUCGUCUUCCAUGAAGACUCUAAGCAACAAGUUCAUGCACCUGACCAACUACAGCGUCAACAAGAAAAACUCUGAAUACCAGGCUAACAGCGAUGAUAAGGCCUGCCAGGGACACAAAUGGGCGUUGAAGGCCUUGUGGCAGUAUCUUAGUUCUAGGGGAAUCAACACCACUUUGAUUUGGGAGAAGAUUAAAGACAUUGUGAUCAAAACCAUCAUUGUCUCAGAACCAUAUGUUAACAGUCUGCUGAAGAUGAACGUUAAGACACCUUACAGCUGCCACGAGCUGUUCGGCUUUGACAUCAUGCUGGACGAGAACCUCAAACCCUGGAUCCUGGAGGUUAACAUAUCACCGAGUCUCCAUUCCAACACAGCGCUGGAUGUUUCCAUUAAAGGACAGAUGAUCAGAGACCUCCUGAACCUGGCUGGUUUCCGAAUUCCCCAAAGAGAAGAUGUGAUUGCCCCCUGCAGCAGUGCCUCCAGCUCCACCAGCAGUCUGUGCGGGGGAAACAGGGAGAGGACCAAGACCGAUUUGUCUGCUGAUGAGAAGGUGAAACGGGCCUUUUACCUCACACAACGUUACGCUGAUCAGGACUUCCUCUCUACGGUGUUGGAUGUCUUGACUCCAGAAGAUGUUCGCGUGCUAGCAGAGAGUGAAGAUGAACUAAAUCGUCUUGGACAGUUUGAGCGAGUCUUCCCAUCGCCAUCGUCAUCUCGCUACCUUCGCUUCUUUGAGUGUCCGAGAUACCUCAACAUCCUGCUGGACCAAUGGGAGCAGAAGUACUGGAGCAACAGGUCAAAAGGUAUCAGCCUGCUGACAACUCUGUGCCAGAAAGGAGUCCAUCUGGGAACUAGUGACCCUGCUCACGUGUGGUCCAAGUGUCACUACAUCUCUAAGUUUGAACCCCAUAGACAAGAACUCGUCAGUCCAUCCAGAUCCAGGGUGGUGGUCAGCCAUCAGCACCAGUCCCAUCAUGACAAUGGCGACAGUUCUGACAGGGAAGUUACUUCUUUCUCCAGCUUGCCUGGGUCACCAAGUUCUGGAUCAAGUGUCACCAGCAGUGCCUGUGCAAGCCCUCAGCCCAGCCUCUCCCAGAGCCUGCUGCCCCAACAGUUUGCCUCACUCUGAGACUGUUUGCUAACAUCGUGUUGAGUCCACAGAAGAGACACAAAGCUCAGGGUUAGCCCUAACCUCUCCCUAAACACCCUUCUUUUGAUUUUUCAUGUCUAAAUGAAUGAGUACUGUACUUAACUGUAGGCUUGAAGCCCGAUCAUAACAAACACUGUAGAGGGGAGUGGAUUUUGGUCUAAUACAGGAUCGUAUAUACUGACGCAACUUUUGCUAAAAUUCGGGGAACUUGUUAUUGUGGAUAUUUCAGUGCUAAAAUCAAAAACAGCAAUCGGCUUUUGAUGACUUUUCUAGUCUUGAGGUAAACCUCUAGUACUGCAAGAGUAGUGAAAAUAUAACACUCAAAGGACCAUACAAGUGUUUUUCUAUGUUUUAAUACAUGCCAACUUAAAAUGUAUUCUAAGCUUCUGAGCAGCCAGUGAUUUCUAUUCAUUUCUUUGUGGUAUGAAAAUUGUCCUGCAGAGACUUGAAACACGCUGAAGGUACAUCAUCCAUCACAGUGAGCGUCAUGUCCGGAGACACUGUUAAAUGGCAAAGCAGUGCAGACAGCAGCCAGUUAUAAUUCAAUUUACCACUAGAAGCCAACAGGGUUAAGGCUGACUUUUAUUUCAGCACUGUCAGAAUAUCAGAGUAUGACCUUAAUCUCAUCAUUAUUAGCAUGUGAAAAUACUCAGCUAGACUGUGUACAAGCUGAUAUUAGUACUACAUGAAAAAUCUUUGACAGCAGUAAAAGCAUAUUAAUAAGAACUGCAUUAUUUUAUUGUUGACCUCAUCCCCGAUGCCAGAAAGUGAAAGGCUUGUCAGUGUGAGGUGGUUCAUAGUGUUACGGUUCUUCGUGCAGUGUUUGACUUCAAAUGAAUCGCAGAUGUAUUACUCAAACUGGAUGGUACUUUGUGUUCUCACUAGCACCUAGCAAGCACAGAACCUUGUGUUUUUAAACACUGUGCAGUUUUCAUUAAAUGUCUGCUCAGGUCCCCUGCUUUGGCCCUCUCUGGCCUUUGGUAAUGAACUUCAGCUGUGAAUGAGACAUCCCAGGCUUCUUCACAAUUAAGUUCAUACACUGGGCCAAAGUUGUGGUGAUAAAACAGUGAAAUAUACUGUGAUUUGUCUUGAAGUGUUACAUUCCUAGCCAUAUGGACUCAAACUUUGUGUGCAUGUUUGUGUGGAAAUGAAGUGGUGAAGAAAAGGUUCUUUGAGUAGAGACAUGAAUGGAGGGAUGGGAGUUGUACAGGAACGCUGCAGGAAAAGAGUCUGUGUUGAGACCUCUGUAGCUUAUUUUAAACAUCUUGAAAGUAUCGGUACUUUAAUUUCACUGGUUGGUGUUACUGGUGUGUUCCAUAAACCUCAUUUUAAUUAAUGACUUGUUAGAGAUACUUGUAGAUGAAAAUUGGAUUACUUAGUUCUACAUGCAUGUUAACGGACGAAAAAAAGUUAAUUUUACUGACAACAUGAAAAAGGCUUUUGUUUUUGUGUGAAACAACAGACAGGUGAGAGUAUAUUGAAUUUCUUGAAAGCUGCCAAAUGCAAGUCCAACACCAGAUUCUAACCCUGCAAACACUAAUAGUGUAUUUUCAUCAUCAUAAGCACAAAACGUUGUCAUUUCAAUUUCCCGCUUAAACUCACAAACACUGUGAAAUGAGCAUUUAUAAACUGAGUGCUGGACUGGUGUUCAGUGUUUGCUUUUUGAAGGAACCAGUUUAAUAUUUCUUACGUAUACUCAGGACAAUAUCAACAAUAUUCAUCUACUGUGAGGACACUUUAAAAAACAAAAAAAGUGAAAUUAAACUACUGGAAGUUGAAAAUCUUUUUGUACACCUUCUCUUAAAAUCACAUAUAGAGUGCUGCAGGGAUGAUGUAUUUUUUGAACGCCAGCCCAAAAGUUAAGAUCACUUAACUUCAAAAAAAAAAAAAAAAAAGUGAGAUUUUUCCGUUUGCUGUCGUUACAGAAAAUAAGCUCCACAACAAACAAAAGUUUGUUAGUUUUAUAAUUUGUUCAGCAAUAAGCCUAAAUCCAAGCUGCAGAAGUAUAAAUGUUAUAACCGCUCUACGCCGCAGUCACAGGACUUCAGUGUCACCACCACGUUAAUGUCUUCACGUUCCACAUUUAAUGUCCCACUAUAGCAACCACAAGUAAAAGCUUCAAAGUUCAAGAGUGGCUUACACAUGAAAAUUCUAACCAAAAACAACAAUUCAAAACAACCUAGGACUUCAAAAUGAGGGAAGUGGAAGUGCUUAAAUGUUAACCCAUAUCCCAUGGCCCUUUGUUACAAACUGACAGGCUGAUUAUAGAUGAGGAGGCUGUAGCUGUUAUUGUGACAUCCUGUUUGAUAUCACUCUUAUGAAAAGUCAGUUUCUUUCAUUCCUGCUGUGAGAACUUGGAAAGAACGACUAAGUUGUUUACAUAUGAGAUUUAUUACGCAAUUUACUAACAGAUGCCAAACUGUGGUUUAGUGUCAGUAUGAAGCAGACUUUUAUGUGCAAGCUUUUAUUAACAAUUAUUAUGCAUGAAAUAGUAGGAGGGAUUUAAAAAAAUGCAUUAAACAAAAAAGGUAAGAAAGGUAAGACCUCAGAAGCAAAAUGGUGUCCGAUCUACUCUGAUCAGAGUAACGUGAUGCUGUUCAUGGAGCUACACAAAGCGCACACUAAGAACCCAUUCACAUAACGAGGCACUGCUGUUGAAAAAUGCUUUUGAAGUCCCUGCGUUAUUUCGCGUAGAACUGCAAAUAAUGGUAAUUUCAUAUUCUAAUAAUCUGUUCACUUUGUGUAAUUAUUGAUUAAUCGUUCGGUCUAAGCCGAACGAUUAAUCGCCAAAUGGCAUUGUGUCUUUUAAAAUGCCUGUGUCGUCCCAUUAAUAUACAUACACCGCUAUAAAAACAAAAUCCUCAUAUAUAAGAAGUUGGUAAUAGUGAAUGUUUAACAUUUUUGCUUUAUAAAUGACGUUGCUGAUCGUCACGCUCUUUGUUGAUUAGUCAGUUAGUCAACAGAAAAUGAGUCAGCUAUUUGUUUGAAAUCAUGGAUUGUUUUGAAAAUAAUGAAGCACCUGAGUGUGAAUCAACUGUCAUGCCAUCAAUUCAAACCAGUGAGUGAGGUGGGCUUCGGAAUCUGCGUUCACGCGUAUAUUGGUGUAUUGUUUGUGAUCGUAUCUGCCUCUGGUGACACGUCUACAGGAACAUCUUCAGUUCAGUUUACUUUUCUCCAUCUGAACCGAUCCUCACAUCCACCAUAAGGCACACAAAGGAACACACAUCGUGAGUUGGAGUCAUUCAUAGGAGCUUAUCUGCCCUGUUCUGCUGCUCUUAAAUAGAUGACUGAGAUGAGGGGUUUCAGUCAUGAACAGCUUAAAUGACAUAUACACUUUCAGUUCUAUUAGGGGAAAAAUGAUUCUGAAGUCUUAAUGUUUUCAUUUGACAAGUUACAGUCUGCCUUGGCCGAUUUAGCAGAUUCCACUUUACACUACAGCCAUGCAAAUCUGCAUUUCAGAAUUGAUAUAUGUUGCAAAGUUAAAUAACACUGAGUAACACUGUGUCUGAAGUUGUUUUUAACUUAACAGAAAAAUUAUAAAUGUUAUUAAAUAAGAGGAAAUAAUAAUAUUUUUACUAACUUGCAGUUGUUAAAUUUCCAUGUAAAGGGCUGUAUGUAUUGCUCAGGAUGACAGUUUCAAAAUAAAAGUUAUUUGUAGUACAAA